AUGGCUGGGCUGGGCAUACUGGUCAUCCUCGCUGACCUGGUGAUAGGUCGCAAGAGAUGGUUAAGCGCUCUAGCGCUGGCCGGGCUGGUGGUUCCUUUAUGGUUUGUUUUGGCGCAGCUCUCCGAAUUGCCUGGCGGACUUGGCAGCUUCGGUACGGACAAUCUAGUGCCGGCCACCAGCGUCCUUGCUGACAGCCUGUCAGUUGACAGGUUUGGAACCUUUCUGAACCUCUUGGUUGUUGCGACAUUGGCGCUGGUUUUCCUGGCGUCUGUGUCUUAUGUCAAUGCGCUCUCACGUCUACAGGGAGAAUUCUAUGGGCUGAUGCUGCUUUCGGCCAGCGGAAUGAUGUUGCUAGCUUCAGCCACUGAAUUAAUCACGAUUUACGUGGCACUGGAGUUAACUACCCUGCCCCUGGUUGCGAUUGCCGCAUUUCUUCCCAACUCCAGGUCCAGCGAAGCUGGCAUGAAGUUCCUGGUAAUUGGAGCCAUUAGUUCGGGGCUGACCCUUUAUGGCAUGGCGCUGCUGUACGGGUUCAGUGGGAGCACGACGCUAAGCGGCAUUGCUCUGGCCCUGAGCGGGCCGGUCAGUAAUGAAAUACCAUUUGGCAGCUAUGCGGUGCUGAUUGGGGUUGCCGUCCUCACUGCCGGAAUUGCCUUCAAGCUUUCUUCAGUUCCUUCCCAAAUCAAGGCCGUGGCUUUCGCCCUGCUUCUUCGGGUCCUCUACAGUGGUUUCCUGAUCUUUGAUGACAAUUGGGGAAUGUUGCUGGCUGUCCUGGCAGCACUGUCUAUGACUGUUGGAAAUCUCGUUGCCAUAGCUCAAAGCAAUAUUCGCCGCUUGCUUGGUUACAGUACCAUUGCCCACGCCGGUUACAUUUUGGUUGGCGUAGCUGCCGUUACACAAGGCGUGGCUGCUGGGGACGACGGAGGACUGUUUACAACAUUUGGACCCAGUAGCGUCCUGUUUUAUCUUGUCGCCUAUUCGGCCGCAAACCUUACUGCAUUCUUUGCCAUUCUGGCGAUCCACUCUCGGAUUGGGAGCGACCUGAUUGAGGACUAUGGGGGAGUAUUCACGCGCUACCCGUUCGUUGCCAUUGCAUUGGCUUUAGCCCUUGUUGCUCUUAUUGGGGUCCCUCCUACCGGUAUUUUCAUCGGAAAAAUUUAUCUCUUCUUGGCGGCAGUAAAGAGCGACCUGGCAUGGCUCGCCAUUCUUGGAGCAGUAAACAGCGUUAUCUCGGCUUACUAUUACAUUCGAAUAAUCAGGGUUAUGUUUCUGUCGCCCGAGUCGGAAGCGGUGGCGGCGAUGGGUUAUAGGAAUUCAUCCACGGCGUCCGGACUUAACCGGAAUGGCAGGUUUUCUUUGACUGUUGUCGCCUUAACCGUCACCGCCGUUUGCACUGUUCUUUUGGGCAUCGCCUUUGAACCGAUAUUGCAGGCAGCAGAAAGCGCGGUAACGGCCCUGCCGGGAGUGCUGGCUCCGUAG